ACUUACUUCGUCCAAGAACAUAUGGAAGCAGAGGAAUCUUUCGUUUUCAGUAUAAAAACCAUGAGGAAUAUAUGUAUCCCUCUAAUUGUCAUCGUCGGAGUUUUUGGAAAUUUUGUAUCCAUGUUGAUUUUUGCAUCAAAUUCGCUGCGAAGAUCUUCAUCUUCAACAUUCCUGUUCGCUCUGGCUUGUGUAGAUAACAUUUUCCUGAGUUGCUUAUUCCUCACAUGGUUUGACGGUGCCAUGGAAAAUAUUUUGUCCUCGGUAGGAAUUUGUCAAAUCAUUACAUAUCUAACGUAUAUAUCUAGCUUUUUGUCUGUAUGGUUCGUUGUUGGCUUCACACUGGAACGCUACGUAGCCAUUUGUCAUCCUUUGCAUGCUAAGCUGUUCUGUACCCAGGUCCGAGAGCGUAUUACUGUUCUAACGCUUCUAAUGACAUCUUUGCUUCUUUACAAUUUUUCGCUUUGGACUACUGACCUAGAAGUGUUUGCUUCAAAAGGAAUCGCUCGAUGUACAAUUGACAUGAGAUACGUCAAUUUUCUGAAUUUCUUCACCUGGCUAGACACCUUCCUGACCAUGAUGAUUCCGUUUGUACUGAUCUGUUACAUGAACAUUCGAGUAGCCUGGACGGCAGUGAAAUUUCAAGAGAAACGAAAAGCAUGCCUGUCACCCAGGGAUGCCAAAAGUGUCAAGCUUAGGACACUGCGGUCAAAGCAACAAAUGAGAGUGACCAGGACAUUGCUUCUCGUAUCUACAACUUUCCUUGUUCUCAACCUGCCGAGUCAUGUAUUCAAGCUUUCAAGUCUAAUAUCCGAAUCUUUGUUCAAUAUCAGCAUGACACAACACCUGAUUCAGGAGAUUUCUCAGAUUCUCUAUUACUUCAGUUUCAGUAUGAACUUUUUUCUGUAUGCGUUUUAUGGAAAACAUUUUCAAAGAUCAUUAUCAUUUAUGUACGAAUCGCUGAAGUGGAAAAGUGGAUGUAGUGACAGAAUGGAAUACCUUGAAAGAACUGUUACUCUUAGAAGUUGGGUUUGAAAUUCAAGUAAACAUAAAAUAUUUGCAGCUUACUAAAAACAAUAAUAUA